GGGAUCCAAGCAGAGGCUUGAAAGAGCAGUGCAGCACACCAGACAGAGGGAGGAAUAUCUGGCAAAAUCAUACAGAGGCCCUCUUUUGACACCGGCUGGAAAAUGGUUGGCUUAUUCAUAUUUAUGCUGCAGAUCAUUUGUGCAAAUGCAGUGGUUUUCAGUAAACAGCUGUCUGCUACAACAGAGUAUGCCUGUAACCUGCGACUUUACAGAACAUGCACUGUCCCACCUCCACCGCCACCCUUUCCUCCAUUCAGUCGUUGGGAUGUCCUGAUGGUUAAUUUAACAGAGUACCUAACUGGAGCAAAAGGUGAAAAGGGAAAUAGAGGACCAAAGGGGCAGAAGGGGCAACCAGGUGAAAUAGGACCACAAGGAAGUCCAGGAGCUCCUGGUGUCAUUGGUCCACCAGGAGAGAAGGGAGAGAAAGGACCAAGGGGCUGGAUGGGGGCUCCUGGUGAAGACGGGAUGCCGGGGACAAAUGCAGGUGUUAGAGGACAUAACGGGGCUAAGGGAGAGAAAGGAAUAAAAGGUGACCCGGGAGCGAUAGGUGAAAAGGGAACACCUGGCUACCCAGGUCUGAAAGGACAAAAGGGUGAGAGGGGUCCAAAGGGAUACACUGGACUAAGGGGCAUGGAUGGACUAAGAGGAGUUCCUGGAACAAGAGGCAAAAAAGGGAGGAAAGGUAGCUUUGGACGGCCGGGAUAUUUUGGCCAUGCAGGUGCAAUGGGAAAGCAAGGUGCAACAGGAGAGCCUGGAGAACCAGGAAAAGUGUAUUUAAUACCUGGGCACAAAGGCGAGAAAGGGAUGACUGGUCCAUCAUUAUGUAACUGCUCCUGGACAAAUUCUAUUGAGCAAAAACCCAGGACAAACGCACAAAAUACAGCACUUGUGUCUCAGAUCUAUAUUGUGGACAAAGAAGAGGAUAUGUCAGAGUUUACAAAGGAAAAUAUGUUUGUUCUAAGAAGAGACACUCACACUCUUCACAUCUUCACAAGCUCUGAAUGGACUGGAGUGCAGAGACCUACAUCUUCACAGCUGAAUUAAGAGGACUUCACCUUCAUCUUGCCUGCCACAGCAUCAUUUUUACAAAGUCUUGUUUAAAAAAGAAAGAAAAAAAAAGUGAUUUACUCCAGUAUUAGAUCAAGUGAGUCAUAAGAAAUGUAGGACACUACAUUAUUGCACAACCUAAUAAUCAAAUUAACAUAACAUGUUUGCGUUUAUCUACUCAUGUAUUCUAGCACCUUACGAUAUGUAGUUAUGUUGUAAUUGAAGUCUGGGGGGGUAAACAAGCUUGAAACUCUUCCAUCUUCCUAACUAACGUCCUCUAAAUUCACAUCCUCACAUUUACAGCAUUUAGCAGACGCUCUUAUCCAGAGCGACUUACAAGACGUGCUUUGUCUAUCUAGAGAAAGUAUCUUUGCUAGUUACCAAUAGCUUAGAGAG